AUGACUUCUGACAAACUUAAUGGUAGACAACUCUUUGAGAAGAUCGGUAAGCCAACCAAGAUAGUCGCACCCAUGGUCGACCAAUCGGAGUUAGCUUGGAGAAUCUUAUCAAGAAAGUAUGGGGCCACUUUAGCAUACACGCCGAUGUUCCAUGCAAAGCUUUUCGCUACGUCAGAGAAGUAUAGAAAGGAUAUGUGGUGUGAAUUAGAUGGAGAUGAGAAGAUAGACAGGCCGUUAGUAGUACAGUUUUGUGCGAACGAUCCCGAUUAUUUAUUGCAAGCCGCUAAGCUUGUUGAGGACAAAUGUGAUGCUGUUGAUUUGAACCUCGGUUGUCCUCAAGGAAUAGCCAGAAAGGGUAAAUAUGGUGCCUUCUUGAUGGAAGAUUGGGAUCUCAUCAGUAAACUCAUUCGGACUUUACACGAGAACUUGAAGGUCCCAGUAACAGCAAAGAUUAGAGUGUUUCCAGAAAGAGAGAAAACGUUGGAGUACGCUAAGAUGGUGUUAAAUUCUGGCGCCCAAUUUUUAACUGUGCAUGGAAGACUACGAGAACAAAAGGGACAGAAGACUGGAUUGGCAGACUGGGAAAUUAUCAAGUACUUGAGAGACAACUUGCCUAGCGAUACGGUAUUUUUCGCAAAUGGUAAUAUUUUGUACCCAGAAGACAUUGCAAGAUGCAUGAAUGAGAUACACUGUGACGGUGUAAUGAGUGCCGAAGGUAAUUUAUAUAACCCUGGUGUUUUUAACACAUCUCACACCGAAGAUAAAGAAAAGAUCUUUCCAAGAGUGGACAAGCUGUUAAGAGAGUACUUUGAGAUAGUUAAAUCUUGUAAUGGAUCUCAUGCUUCCAAAAUUGCCAUGAAGUCUCAUUUCUUCAAAGUCCUAAGGCCAUUUUUACCUCAUAACGUCGAUAUCAGAGCCAACAUCGCAUCAAUGACCGCCAACACAUCAUUCGAAGAGUGGGAAGAAAAAGUUGUGAAGCUCGUUGAAGAUAGAGUACAAAAGCUUUUUGAAGAACCUGAUAUCGCUGAAAAAGACAUUAUAACAGUGGGUGAACCUCAACCAUGGGGUGGUGCUUAUAGAACGGUUCCAUACUGGAGAUGUCAACCAUAUUUCAGACCGGUAAAUGGUGUUACUGCAGAUAAAAGAGUCACAGAUGCCUUGAAGAGCAAACAAAGUUUAGACGCAGAGUCCUUGAAACGUAAACCCGAAUGCGAACUCGAGCAUGGCAAAGAAAAAGAAAUCAAGGUAUAA